AGGUAAGCCAAUUACUUUUACUCGCACGCAUACACCACAAUAGACACUUGGAGAAAUAAAUUUCAGCUACACAUUUUAAUAUUGGUGUACUGGUUAAGAGAAAGGAAGAAGAGAGAGAGAUCCGUUUUUACGAAAGUACGGCUGAAGAUUUGAUUAAGUCUGCAUGGAAGUAUAUCACUUGGGUUCUGUGAAUCUGUAAAGAUGGUUUAUUGGACAGAUAAGUCUGUGUUAACAUUGAGAUGGGAAUUGCUGAUUCAAGAGAUAUCAAGAAAUUUGUCUGAUUUUAAAGACAGAAGACGCAGAAGAACUGUUUUUUAAUCAUUUGAUUAACUGUUUUUAUAACAUUGGUUAAGUUCCUGUGAAAUUGAAACCAAGUUUAUAAAAAGAUUAUAGAUUAUACUCCUGUGAUGUCUGUGGAAAAACAUUCCCCAAAAGAGAUACUAUGACUAAUUACAAAGGUACUCAUAUGGGUGAGAAACCAUUCCACUGUGAUGUCUGUGGGAAAACAUUCUCUGGCAAUAGCGCAUUAAGUAAACAUGUACGUGUGCACACUGGUGACAACCCAUAUCACUGUGAUAUCUGUGGUAAAACAUUCUCUGAAAGUAGUAGAUUAACCACACACAUACGUAUGCACACUGGUGAGAAACCAUACCACUGUGAUAUUUGUGGAAAAAGAUUCACUGAUAAAAGUGGAUUAACUAAACACAUACGCAUGCACACAGGUGAGAAACCAUAUCACUGUGACACCUGUGGUAAAACAUUCUCUCAGAACGGUCAUUUAACUCAACAUAUACGUAUUCACACAGGUGAGAAUCCUUUUCAUUGUGAUGAAUGUGGGAAAACAUUCUCUGUUAGAAGUAAUUUGACUGUUCACAAACGUAUACACACUGGUGAGAAACCAUACCAUUGUGAUAUUUGUGGUGAAACCUUCUCUGUGUGUAAUAAGUUAACUAAUCACAAACAAGUUCACACAGGAGAUAAACCAUUUUAUUGUGAUAUCUGUGGAAAAACAUUCUCAAACAAUAGUAUAUUAUCUAGACACCUACGCCUGCACACAGGUGACAACCCAUACUGCUGUGAUAUCUGUGGAAAAACAUUCUCAAACAAUAGUACAUUAACUAGGCAUGUACGUGUGCACACAGGUGACAGCCCGUAUCAUUGUGAAAUUUGUGGCAAAACAUUCUCUCUGAAUGGUCAUUUAACUCAACAUGUACGUAUUCACACAGGUGAGAAACCAUACCCCUGUGAUAUAUGUGGCAAAACAUUCUCUGCCAGCAGUGGAUUAACUAAGCAUAUACGUAUGCAUACUGGUGAGAAACCAUACCACUGUGAUAUCUGUGGGAAAACAUUCUCUCAGCACGGUCAUUUAAUUCAACAUGUGCGUGUUCACACUGGUGAGAAUCCAUUUCACUGUGAUAUCUGUGGUAAAUCCUUCUCUCAAAAAGGUCAUUUAACACUCCAUGUACGUGGUCACACAGGUGAAAGACCAUACAGCUGUGAUAUUUGUGGUAAAUCAUAUGCUGACAAUCAGAAUUUAAAUCGUCACAAACCUGUUCACACAGGUGUAAAACCGUAUCAUUGUGAUAUUUGUGGUAAAACUUACUCUGAGAGUAGGAGCUUGACUCAUCAUAAAGGAAAGGCACAUGGACAAUAAACAAUAAAAGAAUAGAAUUAUUUUGCAGACUUAUCACAAAUUAUUAUGUCAUGAAGUCACAAGGGAAUUUUUGUGAUACAGAUAAUACAAUGAAAAUGGACAAAAAUGAUAUUUUCAUUAACAUAAACUACACAUUUUUUUUAAAAGAUUUUUUCCAGAAUGUUCUAAAACAUGGUAAUAGAACUGAAUGUAAAUUUACACUUAUCAUUUUACCCAUUUAUCAGGUUGAAAAUUAUUGUAAAUAUGAAGAAAAUGAAUGUUUUAGAAUAAAACUUUAUUUAUAUGUAUAAACCUUUCUAUACAAUUAUUAAUGAUUAAAAAUAUAUGGUAGUUAUAUUUUUAAAUGAUUCACUUUAUCUACUCUGGUUACACAGACAUUUGUCAUCAUUAUAUAUACACAUAUACAUGCACACAAAUAAAUGCAAGCAUGCACACACAUAAAUGCAAGCAUGCACACACAUAAAUGCAAGCAUGCACACACACACACACACACAGAGGAUGGGCUGCAUUUGCAAUGCAAAAUGGGAAGUAAAGUAAAAUAAAAUUUUUCUGUUAACUUGGUUAUGUGAUUAAAAAGCACUGGUUGACUAAAUGCAUUCGAAGUAUAUUUUGUAGGUAGAAACUGUGCUGCUAAAAUCUGUUGUGGGUUUGUGCAUGUAGUGUUUGUCUCUCGCUAUUUAACAAACUGUGUUGUUUUGUUUAUGCCCCUAUAAUGUACCAAUUUGGCAAAAAGAGAUUGAUAGAAUAUGUAUGAGACUUUAAAAUAUGUACUGUGGUUGAUUUAAUUGAGUAAAUUCCUCAAGAGUAUGUCUGAGCAUAG